AGGGGAAGAGAUUGAGAAAAAUAUCACAGGUUCAUGGCUGAAACAAUCUCACGAGUUUUCAACACAGGAAAGCUUUUUGCUGUGCAUUACGACGUUAUUUCAGCGAGAGGAAGUACAGAGAUUGGCUUAUUCAGGCAGUAACGCUACAAGCCCGUCUAUUUUUGUCAUUUCAUAGAGCAGAAAGACCAACAGCAUCUGGACAAGAUGAGGAGUCCUACAUUUACCCUGUUAGUGGCUCUUUGGCCUGUGUGUUCUCUGCAAACACAUGGGGUCACUAGAGGACUACCAACGUACAAGGAGACUCCCACUCUACAUCGGAAGGAACCAUUUUAUCCGAGAAGAUACAUUCCUGUCCCCACUGUGGAGGUCUAUCAGCAGGUGGAGGGCAGGGAGAGGGUUCUUGUUGUCUGUCAGUUUGGAACAAAGACCAGCAGGAGCUCUUUCCAGCUGUCUGUCACAGAAGGUAAAAGUUCCUACAUGCUGUAUGACCCAGCAUGCACUGUGGAAUUUGUAUGUAUGUUUAACGCCACAGUGAGCCCACCUGCCUCGUUCAGCUGCAUGCAUGGACUCAACAGACCUGACGCUUCCCCGGCCCAGUUCAGUGAAACCUACUUUUACCAUCCACAAGAAGUCUCUAAUCAACCAGUGCCAGCAGUGUCUCCAUUCUACAUUGGCUUUGCUUCUCUCAUCGGAGUUUGUCUCAUUGUCAUGGUGAUCGUGAUGGUAGUGACCACACUGAGGACCAGACAUAAAGGUUCCCGCAGAGAGGCCCAGGAGAGCGCCUAUGAAAAGCUCCCGCUGGGAAGGCAUGAAUAGGAUUAAAGGAUGAAAGGAAAUGAGUUCAGGAUUUUAUUAGCUUUUCUGCUGCAGGACGGACAAAAGCCAUGAAAUGAAAGCAAUUUAUUUAUGCAUGUUUCUUUACAAACCAGCUAUUUUUCAUUUAUUGAAUAAUCAUCCAUUGAUUGUGUUUUGUUAUUUAGCCUUCAGUCAUUGAUUGUGUUUGAAGCACUUUUUUAAUGUCUGAAUUAAACA